CUGACCGUGGCCCUGGGGCCUUAUCAGAGGCGCCCCCGGCCUAUAAUAGCUGGGCCGGCGUCUCAUCUCAACUCCAGACAGAACUUUGACACCGACGGAAUGUUACGCAGCUUGCUCCUUCUAGCUGUGCUCGCUACGGCAAGCGCUUGCAAGCCAUGCAAAUCUCUAGGGGAGGGCAGCUGCCCCUCUCUGCCCCCCCCCUUGGCGACGCCCUUGCUUACAUGUUCCUGUGGUGUGGCCCGAGGUGCUCGUGUGGUGGGGGGUGGGCCUGUCACUGCCGGGGAAUUCCCCUGGCUAGCAGCUGUCAAGAGAGACGGAAAACUCAUCUGUGGAGCCACUGUCGUAGCCCGAGACCAUCUAAUAACAGCCACGCAUUGUGUUUACGAAGUGGAAGCCUCCCGACUGACUGUGUUAGUGGGGGAAUACAACGUUAAUAAAUCAAGAUCCGAAGGCUACAGGGUGUCGCAUGUUAUCCAACAUCCAGACUUCAAUAGAUACACGUAUGACAACGAUAUCGCUGUUUUACGACUAGCAGAAGCAUUGCCAGAUCACCUUUACCGACCCGCCUGUCUGCCAGACGAUGAAGAUGCAUUAGCGGGAGUUGAUGCUAUUGUCUCUGGAUGGGGAAGUACCGUGGAAAAGGGUCCGCCUUCAGAUAUACCUAUGAAGGCGGAAGUACAAAUAUGGUCACAAGAGGCAUGCACGGGAGCGGGCUACGGCCGCAGAAAAGUGACCCCUCGCAUGUUGUGCGCCAACGCUCCAGACAGGGACUCCUGUACCGGAGACUCCGGCGGGCCGCUGUUGAUGACGCAACCACAUUAUACUGUUGUUGGCAUAGUGUCGUGGGGCCGCGGUUGUGCCAGACAAGGCUACCCGGGCGUGUACGCGAGAGUCAACCACUUCAUGCCGUGGCUUCGAGUGGCUCUGAGACACGCUUGUACGUGCACACCUCCGAACAUAUACAAGAAAUGA